AUGAACUCACAAAUGAUCCUAGCUGAUGCGAAGUUAAAUAAUUUUGAAAAGCAGGUCAGAGAUGGUGGACGCCUUAGUGAAGAAAGAUGUAUUGUAUCAAUCGACACUGAUCAAACAUAAACUGCAGAUGUUACAAAAAUGGGAAUUUUAUAGAGAAUAAGUCACGUUUUCUAUUUCAUUUAUUUUUCUUGUUUAUUGAGAUUGUGAUUAUAAUCUUUUUAUGUUACCAUAAAUUAUCAUAAUUAUGUUUAUAAUUAUCACUUUGGUUAUCAUCAUUAUUAUAAUUAGUCUUUUGCUUUUCCUCUUUAUCAUUUCGUAGAAUGCCCAAAUAUAACUUUUAAAAACUCUUGGUACAUAUUUUCGGUAAAAGGAUUAUCCUGGCUCUUGAACAGAGAAACUUGCCGAAGCCAAGGAAAGGACCUAGUUUCCAUUGAAACCGAAGAGGAAUGGACUUUCAUCAAUGACGAGAUUCAAAGGCGAAAAGCUACAUGCAGUAGCUCUAUACAUAUGUGGAGUAUUGGUUUAACAAAAAACGCCGGGAAUUGGACCUGGGUGAGUGGAAGACCGCUGACUAUUUGUAAAUGGGAAAAAGGGGAGCCAAGUGGUGAAAACGAUGCAGCUUUCAUGUACAAGCGGUCCAGUCGUGGCGAACGGGGCGUUUUUGGCAGUGGUGGUAGAAUUUGGGGACAAACUUAUAUUUGUGAGAUUUCCAUGGGUAGGUUGUUUUUUUGUUUUUGUUGUUGUUUUGUUUUGUUUUUUUGUUUGUCCGUGUUAUAACAUUAUUUUGAGUAAACUAAAAGACAGCAGAAACGCUUAGGCGUAAUAAAAACAUUCUUUGCUAUCCUUUGUGAUACUCACGAAAGGAUUUAUAUAAACCCUCUGAUAGUCAGGAUCAAGUGAAUGAUUGCAUUUGCAUGAAUGAAAAUAUGUUUUAAAACAAUCUCAAUGAACGUUUACACGAUAUACAUGUUUAACUUUUAACGGCUUAGCUAGUGAGCAGAGGAAAGUUACACAGGUGGUUCUAUUACGAUCACUCUUACGAUUAACAAAAGUUAUGAAACUUUCAGUUAUCGGUUAUUUUCAUGUAGUUAGUUUAUCCUUUCGAUUGAAAAAAAUGAUGGUGAAUACCAAUUACAAAGAAUCAUCAGUCCAAUUGUUUUGUUAGAUAACAGUGCAUGAUGAUGUGAGGUGUGUUAUCUUUUGUGAAGAGCUAAGGACUCAUGUCGGUUAAGAUACAAGCCAAUAAUCACUUUAUAAAACUAAUUAAAAAGACAUGCAGACUUAAUUGUUCUUCGCAUAGGGGAAUCACUUUUAUGUUAAUUGUAUUCUAUUUUAAUAUCCGAUCGUUUGGAAAGCUGUAGGGGCUAAUUUCAAUGCGAUGCAAUUUGUGCAGUGAACAUAAUAAACUGACCAUCCUGCAUCUAAUUCGAAUAUGGCAGACAUCUCGAUUGACUUAGCAACCAUUACGCUAUAGCGAGGUUAGUAAGGGUUAUCUCAGUUCUCAUUGGUCACCAGAGGGCGUAAUACAUUUUCUUAUUUAACAAAUAGUCAAUACUGAGUUGGAAUUUAAUUGAUGUUCUGCUUACCAAAAAGAUAAACAUAGGCAUGCGUGGCAUGCAAGAGUUAUUAUUUUGUUGGGAGGGUUGAGAUGGGACACUUUGUGUACCUAACGCUUUCAGUUUGUUUUUUUUUUUACAGAAAAAGAGCAUAACUUUCAAAAAAAACUAUAUCGCAUUACUUCACCUUAAGAGAAACAAUCUAAAUUGUCUGAACUGACACAGGUAUUUUGUGGUCUAUCGUCUGUAUUGUCUAAAAACCUCAGACAGACUUGCUGGUGCUCUACUACUCUGCUGUCGAGUUGCACUUUGGCCUCCUCUAUUUUUUUUGUCUUACUCAAGAUGACUGUUGUUGUACCUUUGUCUGUUUUUUUGAGGUUUAAAGCAGAAUUGUUUUUCAACUCUUUCAGAGCCGUGACCUUAUUGCGUGACAAAUUAUCUCCCUAUCUUUGGCUAAAAGCCUACAUUUUAAAGUGUGUCUACGCUCUAUGCGUCUUAUGCUUUACUUUUUUUUACUUCCACUGUUGUAAAAGCUAGCUUUUGAGGAGUCUGAGAACACAUUGUAUUCCAUCUCUUUCAUUUGCAAGUGUAUAAAUAGGCUCUCUAAGGUCAGAAAUCACAUUCCUUCAUUGGGCUAUUUUAUCACUGUUUUUUACAAUGUUCGUCGAGUGCUUUCCUUUGAGCGGUUGCCCAUUUACCUGUUUGUACUUACGAGCUGAGAGUUCGUAGUUAGCCCUCUUUCUUUGGCUCUCAGCCUUCUUUUGUGAAAGUUAGUCAAGGCAUUAGCUAAGCCUUGUUGACCUUGUUGUUUUCUUUUACUUCGAACAAUAUGUUCGUUAUUCCUUUAUAAUACUAAUUAGUUGUUAUUAAACUUCACUUUAAUUGCCUCAUAUUCAUGUUGAAAACGUCCAUGGUAUUGUCUUCAAAGAAGAGAGGAGGCUUUUCAAACUAAUUAGAUAAAUGUUUAUAUUUCUUUUUGUUCUUUUCAUCCUUUCGUCAUCAGAAGAAUCAUUAACAGUACCAUCACCAACAUGGACAGCAUUACCAACCUACACAGCAUCACCAACAUGGACAGCAUCACCAACAUACACAGGAUCAUCAACAAGGACAGUAUCGACAACAAUGACAGUUUUACCAACACCGACUUCAUUAUCGUCAUCAACAACUGAAGGUUGCUUAUUUUCCAAAAGUUAGGCUUUUUCCAAUUUCACAUGGCAUCUUUUCAGCUUUUUUGGAGUGUUAAGCACUAUGAUACAUUUUGAGCACACCUGAAAAUAAACUUUUCGUCGUUCUUCUUUUCUUACAGCGCCUUUUUCAUGCCACCCUUUUCUGGAGCGAGGGUUUUGUCUUAAAAGUGUGGGAAGGACAGUAUCCAAUAGUCUAAUUCGUGUUUUUGACAAACGCUAUUGUAGCUGUUUCAUAACGGAACAUAAACGGGUAUACAAGAGAAACUCUUGUAUUUUGAGUAGGGGGUAUUUCUUGAGGUAAUAUUACAAUGGUUCCAUGUUAGAAACUUAACCCGAAAAGCAAUCUGAAAAUGUCUUUUACUGGCUACUACAGCUUUGCCGAAGCACACUGAUGACAAAGCAGAACCAUUCUGAUUAACAGUAAGCUAAGUUUAGAAAGUGACAAACUUUUCAUUUUGUUGCAACGGCUUUUAGGUAAGACUCAGGACCUUGUUGCAGCCAUUUCCGGCGGCGCUGAGGUGAUUCGAGGACUCCAAGAAAACGUCACGUUGGAUGGAUCACCCUCAUAUGACCCUGAAGCUGCACAUGAUGACCAAUCGGGAAUGAACUUUACUUGGCAUUAUGGUAAGAUCACAAGGAAUUACUCCUUUGUGCUGGAAACAAAGAGAGAUUUCUUUACAGAGGUAAACGAGUCAGCUUUGCAAUAUAAUGGAAGAGCAUCUGGCGUGCAAAUUUCCUUGGAUACAGGGGCUAUGUCUCUUGGUGAUAUCUGCAUAGUUAGACUGGUUGUGACCAAAGACUAUCGCAAUGCUAGCGUUUAUCAAAUCAUCCACUUUUCGAAAGGAGAUCCCCCUAAAAUCGAUCAAAGGUAAGAAAUUUAGCGUGUUGUUGAUGCUAUUGCUGCUGUUGUUUGUUAUUUUCGUUGUGACUGAAAUCCCGAUUUAUUUUCCUAUUUUCUUAUUGUUGUUACUGCUUCAGUUGUUGUUGUUGCUGUUGCUUUUGCCAUAGCUGUUGUUUCUCUUGUUAUUUGUUUCGGACAACCUUUCAUAAAUGCCUCGUGUCGCAGUGUUUUGCGUUUGUUUCUGUUGCGGUUGCUAUGACCACCAUUGUUCUCAACGCGCAAGACCCUUGUUACGCCGCAUUGAUCUACAAUCUCAUUAUGUAAUCAGCAUUCUUUCCUUCAUUUUAGAUGUUUCAUUAAUUGUCUGCCUAAAAUCAGCCCCUCAGUACGUCUUAGCGUCAGUUCAGAAUGCCAGGGAUUACAGUGCUUCCAAAUUUCUUCAUAUGAGUGGAAACUCUACCAGCGAUAUGAGGGAAACGCGUCCACUGCAUGGCAAAGAAAAUAUGAUUUAGAACUCAUUACAAGUACACCACUAAAUGCAAGCAACAUUGUUAUAAAUGGAGGUUCCCUUGCUGCUGGAAAUAAGUACCGCUUGGCAUUAUUUAUCACAACUACCGACGGUUUACGGGCGAUGUCAGCUUAUGACAUUUCCACUGCGUUACCGCCCACAAGGGGAACAUGCUCGAUCACUCCGUCAAGCGGCAUCUCCUUGGAAUCAUACUUUACCCUGAGUUGUGUCAACUGGACAAGUGACAGCACCCCUCUGUCCUACCGUUUUCAAUAUAGACUAAAGAACGGUAUGUACACUGUGUUAUAUCAUGGUGUCAACAACUCCAUAGCUACUCUUGGGAUACCGCCUGGGAACAAUGCAGAAAACUAUAACAUAAGACUCAACGUUGUUGUGACUGAUAACUUCGGAAUUUCUGCCUCUCCUGUUAAUCUAACAGCACAGGUAAGUUUAGUCGGUAGGUACUCUAAUAUCGAUGCAGGUGGGAAAUUUUGUUGACAUAAUUUUGUCUUUUUUUUGACAGCUGCCCAUCGGAGGUUAAAGGGCAAAUUUUUCUAAAUAUGCAACUUGAUAAAUAGUGACUGAUGCUCUUUCCGUAGGUUAGACCUUCCCAGAGUCUAAGACCAGAUAAAAUCAAAAGCUUUCUGAUGCCAAAUGAUAGUUUGUUCCAGGAAGUCAUCAGAAAAGGAGACUUGGGAAAAGCGGCACAAUUAGCAAACUCUGUUCUUGCUACACUAGAAACCAGGAUGAAUUUUGAGGAGAAAAUCAAGGUAAAUGCAUUUACAAAUGCUUUCAUACUUCUUGGACGCGCUAUUCACGUAGUUGCAUAAUGAUAUCUCUGCGUAUCCACGUAUUUGCGCAUUCGUGUCUUCAUGUUUUGUGGUACUAAUGACUUUUAUCAUCCAACUGUACUGAGUAGAGUACAAAUAAUACAUAGUAUUUAUAUGAACUCAUCCAUUCGUGUAUUCGUGCACUCAUGUAUUUGUGUGGUAGUGUACUCUUGCAUUCUAGUAUUUGUGUAGUCGUGAAUAUUUGUGUACCCGUGCUGACGUAUAGUCGCAUGUUAGAAGGUUCUUGCAUUAAUAUAUUCGAUUAACCUUAUUACAUUUCAAGGUUAUAGACUUCAUAAUCAGAAAUAUUGCGUCAGUGAAGGUAAACAACACUGCAGACCUGCUUCAAAGCUCCUCCGUGAUUGGUUCUGCUCUUCACGUUUUGGAAAAGGUCUCUCCCGGGCUAUUGGUAAGUAAAGUUAGAUCGAUCGUUCAUCGAGAACAAUGAGACACAUGUAGAGGAAUAUAAAAUUUCCAUAAUUGACAUAAUGAUGUAAAUCUUUGAAUGCUUUUUUCAUAAGCCGGAGUUCCGUAACGCUAUCAUGGUUGUCUUGGUUUAGUUUAUCAAGCGAAACCUAAAAAUGUUUCAAAAAAAGAAGAUUAAGCGCGUUUUCAAAUUCCUAUACCUGAACAAACUCGGUUUAAAAGUGACGAUACCUCUCUAACCCCCGACUCCUAGAAAUAGAAACGUACUGUGCUGAGCAGCUAAUCCUAAAAAGAAUAAUCCCAUGUUUUUACAUAAUGCACUCUCAGGAACUGUCGUUAUCGGCUGUCGACUCGCAAACGAACUUCCUAUGGUCUACCGUCCAGUUGAAAGACGUUGCUGAUUUGUCGUUACUCACUCGAUCGGCCGAAAACUUAGUUUGGUGUCUUCAAAGGGUGCUAAAGAUAUCUGCAGAGAUGGCGUCAAUAGAUUCCACCUUAGACUUCCAAGAGCAGGUAUUUUGUUAGCUGGUAUAGUCCAACAGCGAAACCUAGUUACAUAUGAAACUUCAAGCUGCACUUGAGUCGGCUUCUCUCAUUUUUAAUCGAUACAUUGCGUGCCAGGCUGAUGCUACUGUCAAAUAAUGUAAUAAAGUUACCAUUAUCGCUACUUACAAUAGGUCGUCACAAACCUUACAAGUGCCUGAAAAAAAUUUUCAUUGUCGUUGGUAAGCUCUUUUUGUUAGUUUAGCUUCGCUUCUUUUCGUUAUUUUUACCUGUUAUAAACAGUAGGUCGUCGCAAACCUUACAAGUGCCUCUUUUGUCUUUGCUAAGCUCUUUUUUUAGCCUAGCUUUGCUUCUUUUUGUUAAUCUUUCAUUUAACAGGGUGAAAGAUCUGUUAAUACUGCCCUUAAAGUGCUUGGAAAAGUUGCAGACGCAUUGUUAGCCCUGAGAAUCUCGGAUGAAAACAUGAUAUCAAUCUCCACUGGUCACCUGAAGAUGACAUUAGGGCGACAUAGCCCGAAUAAACUUGCAGGGCUGCAGAUAAAGGGCGGAAGUGGCAGCUUCAUUUUACCACCGUGGCCUGUCACAGGAAGAAACACAACAAGUUUUGUCGACACCCAGGUAAGGGAUUACAUCAAAAUAAGAAACGAGCGCAUGUCAAAAUCGAUUUAGUCGUGGGUGACUUCGGAAAGUCUGAUAACCCAAGAGCAAACGCAUUCGAAGGUACAGUCUUUGUUAGCCAUCCUGAACUCUUUUUCUCGUUUGGCUUCCAUAAUUGUGGUCAGUUAGCAAUAAUUAUCAUGUCUCUGAAUCCUCAAUUCCUUAAAGUCAACAAAAAGUUUUGAUUUUUUCUUAUUGCAGAUGUUAUCAAUGUCAUUCAACCCCUACACCUGGGACAGCACCAAGGAGCGAGUCGACUCUGAUGUUCUCUUUCUGGACCUAAAGGACAAUAGAAGCGAGCUAUUGGAAGUGUCAAGUCUACCAGACGACAUUGUUAUCGUUAUUCCAUCAAAACCUCGGACAAUGCCCAAGGAGCUAUGGUACUUCACUACGGAUGACGAUUUACGUUUCCACGAGAUAACUGUCAAGUACGAAAACACUCUGAUACAGGUAGAGGUCAAACCCCAAGAGCCAACUGUACAUCUCUUUGUUUACUUCCGAUUUGGUCAACGGCCAACAAUUCGAAACUACGAUCUCAAUGCAACAAUCUCUCAAUAUGGACAGUGCGUUUGGACCGCAAGUACGCAUGACAAAAAGGAGAGACAACCAGAAUGCUCGUCGAUCCCACUUACCCCAAUAGCAACAUUGGCCAGGCAUCCUGGAAAAUACUUUGUAGGCGUAAAAAACUAUAAUGCCACCACGACCACCCCACACAGGAGAAAGAAAAGAUCGUGUUUUAUAGCUGGACGGCAAAAGCGCUCUUGCGUCGAAGUCAAAGAUCCCCCACCUACCCUACCCAUGAGUAAAACUGCAUCUGUGACACCAGCUUAUGAUUCCAAAACCGAUCAGAACUAUACUCUGAGGGUGAGCUUCGGUAGCUGUGUAUACUGGUCAGCGAAAGUUGAGAAGUGGGUAACAAAAGGCUGUCGGGUGAGUCGGUGUAAAUUGCUUACAUUAUCGAAUAAUUUUUAUAAUGUGGAAUUAGUCCAGUCACUUUUCAGAGAAUUCGUGGGUUUCACGUAAUUGUGGAAAAAUGAGUGCUUCAUUGUGAUCAUCGCUUAUUUGGCAACUAAAAAUCGAGAAGACAAAACCUUGUCGAGCCCGUGUGUAGUCUUCUAUCGUUAAAAAUAUAAUUAUUCUCAUAGCUAAUCACGACCUUUGAACACCUUUGAAUGGACAAGACACAUCAUUAGUACUGAAAACCGAAACAGUGAUUUUCUGUCUGGAUAAUUCCAGAUUUUAGGAGCAUUGGACAGAUUUACUAACUGCAGCUGCGAUCACCUGACAUCCUUCGGGGGAAGUCUUUUGGUCAAACCGAAUCCUAUCGACUUCGACAAGGUUCAAGUGCAGAUUCAAAAGUUGCCAGAAUCUGGAAAUAUCACAGUUAUUUUGGCGGUAGCUUUGGUUUUCUUAAGUUACGUGAUUGUGCUUGUUAUCGUCAGGAAGACAGACAUAGAAGACUCUAAAAAGGUAAGUUCUGAACAUAUUUCGUAUUAUGUAGAAAUUAAUACGCUUUGAAAACUUGCAGAAUUCAUAUUUUUCUAAGUAUCCUCAAAAAAAGUGAUCAGCAAACUUGGAAGAAAUCACAGAGAUAAUUUAAGGUUUCCAAGUUUUUUUAAUAUCAACAAUAGAUGUAUUUUUUUGUUUUUUUUAAGUAAGGGAAAAAGUAAAAAAAAUAAUAAAUCACCGAUUCAUUAAUGGUAUUAUCAUUUUUCUUAAGAACGUUUCACCAGUCCAUUUGCCAUCCUCUCCAGAGAGUACAUUUGAAUACGAGAUAGUAAUAACUACAGGAGUCUGGAUAUACUCAGGCACAACAGCUCAAGUUGCUAUGGAGAUUUACGGUUCUCACGGAAGGAGUGGAAUUCUUCAGCUCAGCCAAGAAGAGGCUGGUUCAAUUGACGUGUUCUUCUCUCGUGGUAACUCGGCCGUGUUUCUACUGUAUGUUAACAAAUCACUUGGUGUAAUUCGAGAAGUGAAGAUUGGUCAUAACAACUUUGGUGACAGUCCUUCGUGGUUUUUGGAGGAAAUUUUCAUUCGGGACGUACAAUCCAAUCAGUCUUGGAAAUUUAUGGUCAGUCAGUGGUUUGCUCUUGAGCGCGGAGACGGGCGUAUCGAGCGAAUGUUUCAAGCAACGGUAUCUCAAAUGGACUUUGUCAGUGAGGUUGCAAGACGCUGGUGGAGAGGGCUUACGGAGCUACAUAUUUGGGUUUCAGUUGCUGCCAAACCAAAGAGAAGCCACUUUUCAAGAGUACAGCGGGUUUCUUGCUGCCUUUCAGUGCUUUUGACAUCCAUGUUUGCAAACGCGAUGUUUUAUGAGCUACAUGGAAGAUGUGAACAACCUUUUCAAGUUGGACCGUUGAAAUUCUCCUGGAGACAAGUAGUUACUGGUAUUGAAAGCGCGCUCAUUAUGGCACCAAUAAACAUACUAAUAGUGCUUUUAUUUAAAGAAGCAUCCAAAAAGUCCUCGAGUAACAACAGUCCUUGCUAUAAAGCUAAUCUAAUCAAAAGUAUCGCCUGGUUCUUGUUUUUCGGUUCUUGUGCUAUUUCUGCUACGUUUACAAUCGUCUACAGCCUGAUUUGGGAAAAGAGUGUCAGUGAGCAGUGGCUGUCCUCAAUGCUUAUCUCCUUUGCUCAAGAUGUCACAAUCACGGAACCAGUUAAAGUGUUCUUUACAGCUGUAGUUUUGGCGGCCAUUAUCAAGAUGAAGGCGAAGAGAUUAACGGUACCUGCAUGUGAAGACUCUAAUCAAGUUGAAAGUGGUCGCUCAAAACAAAGGCUGUGGACGUUGAAAUUAUCGGAAGUAGAAAAGAUGAGGAAACGCCAGGCCAAGAAACAGAACCUGUCACGUUACUUCACAGAGUUGGGUAUCUACUUGGUUUUCGUUUUCUUUUUAAUGGUAGUGUGCUAUGGAAACAGAAAUGACCAUCGUUACCUAAUGACCAGAUCAAUUCGAGAUGGACUGCCCAAUUUUAACAAUGUGAGUAACAUUUAUUGUGUUUGGAGAAAUCCUUAAAAGACUGAUAUUACCCAACGAUUGAUUCUGGAUUGCCAAACCCUAUUUGAAAUCUAUUUUCACGACAUAAACGUAUCCUCCAAAGCGUAAACACAUCUUUUCUUUAUAGGGAAUUAUUGCCACUUUUCAAGUCCGUGGGUUGUGUAUAGAACAACUGUUAUGAUCACAUUUCGAAUUUUGAUUAGAAUCUGUAUCAAUUCUUCUCAGACUUUGCAUCAUAAUGGCUUGGCUCCCUUACCUGUUUCUAAAUGUUCCUGAUCCACCAGCGAGUCAUGCCUCCAUCUCAGUCCGUGAAAUCCGACCAACACAUCUCCCGUUCUUGACUUUCUUUUUAUUUAGUCUGUUUUUAAGCAUCAUAUCCACAAUAAGCGAUACGAAAGGUGAUGUAGUCACAAAUUGUAAGUAACGUAUUAAUUUUCAUUGAACUCAGAUGGCAGAUGACAGGAAGUACUGGAGCUGGCUGCGGGAAGUUUUCAUUCCUGGAGUGUUUUCCGGUAGAUGGUACAACGGUCAGGAAGAGAAAAAAACAAUGUACAUUGGUAAUAAAUGCUCUCUUCUCGUCGGGAUGGCUCGAUUAAGGCAACUGAGAGUGAAAUCGAGUAAGUCCUUUCUUUUAUUUACUUUUAAGUCUAACUCAACCUAAAGGAGACGCCCAGAAAUUAUAAUGUUUUUUCUGUCAAAGUGUUAGGCAUACGUUGUCAAGAUUUUGAUAUUCUACUUUAUUUUGUAUUGGUCUAUACACCUUUUAAAAAAAAAAUAAAGGACACAAGUGAAUAUCCGGUUUUUAAAUAAAUUUUCCUAUACGAUAAAGAAUAUGGGAGAUGUGCUAUACCUGUAGAUUGAAUUAGUUCCAAAACAAACUUUCUAAUAAAUGUCCCUUUUUUUAUUAAACUUACAGCACCAUGCAACGUGUUAAAAUACAUGAAGACAACUUUCCAGGAAUGUUACGAAGGAUAUUCGGAAACAAACGAAGACAAGACCGCUUUCUAUGAACCGGGCUGGAGGUUUGUCGACAACUCUACAAGAGACGAAGAUUUAUUUCGACUUUGCCCGAAGCCAUGGCGAUAUCAAGAUGCGGAAGAAAGUGAUAGCGGGUCAGAGUGGGGACAGUUCUCAUUUUAUCGUGGAGGAGGAUUUGUAGCAGACCUCGGGUACAAGAACCAUACGGGGUUCAAAGCCGUAACCACUUUGCAAAACAACGGUUGGCUUGACAGGCAAACCCGGGCAGUUCUCGCACAGUUUUCCGUGUUUAACCCAUCGGUGAAUAUUUUAGGUGUUGCCACAUACUUUUACGAAGUUGAGGCAUCAGGACUCAAAGAAGCUUUGGUACAAACUGACAUUCUUUCUCUUGAUCCUACAAACACAGCUUCAUAUCAGUUCUAUUUGAUUUGCAUUUUACUAUACGCUGUAUCCGUUCUGCUGUUUUUGGGAAGAGAAUUCUUCAAGCUUUACAAUCACCGUUCCCGGUAUUUCCAGUCCGUGUGGAAUUGGGUGGAGAUGUCCCAGGUUGUUUUCUCCGUGUUGGCCGUGGUUUUGUACAUAAAACGACAAAUCAUAGUCUCUUCAACAUGGGCAAGGUUAAAAGAAAACAGUUAUGCAAAUAUAAGUUUCAAAAAAGCUAUCAUUUGGCAUGAAGCAGAAAAUGUUGUACUUGGAAUCCUGAUGUUUAUCGUCACUGCAAAACUCUUGCGAGUCAUUCGCUUCAAUAAACAUGUUGCUGUAUUCUCCAAAGCAUUGACGAUAUCUGCACAAUCUCUUUCAUCCUUUAGCAUUGUCCUAUUGAUUCUCUUCGUGGCAUUUCUUCACGUCGGUGUAUUGAUGUUUGGCACUGGAUCUGAGCGCUACUCCUCAGUGCUAAAAGCAGCUUAUUUCCAACUCGAACUGACUCUUGGAAGAGUAAAAGCCAGACCAAUCAGUGAAUUAGCAGAGGUAAACAGCACAUACGCUAAGAUAUUCGUCUUUGCUAUUCUUUUCACUCUAACAAUUAUCUGCAUGAACUUUUUUAUUGGCGUAAUAAACGAUGCACUUCUGGAUGCAAAGGAUACCGCGAACGAAAGUAAGUUGCACGAACUUGUUGAUGAGGUUCGUUGCAAAGGCUCAAAAGAACGGAACGCAUUUUUCGAUGCUGUCAGCAGUCGACUGAGACAACUGAAAGUCGUCCAAGCAUCAAACAUGGAAGAGAAAAAAGCAGUAGAUAGAAGCAUUACCCUUGAUUCCACGAAGAGUUCAAAAAUCAACUUUGACCAAAUCAGUGAGGCCAUCAAAGCUUUGAGGGGGAAAACAGGUCAAGAACCAGGAGAAAAACAGCCGAAAUACUCAAGAGGAAAAUCAUUUUUCGAUGGAAUUAGCAAAUUCUUGAAAACACUGGGAAGAAUGAGCCAUGACGAACACUGCAAAGUUAAAAAAAGGAGGAAAGUUCGAUUCCAAGAGGAUGUUGCUAACUCUCAUCUUCGGAAAUUAGAGAAAAGAGAGUAUGACCUGUUUCAGCGGCUUGAUAGGGUUAUGGCGGGAUUCUCAAAAGAGGACGAAGAAUAUCGUUAUCUAAUGGAAACAACGCGAGCUUAUGACUUCUAA